AUGGUUCUUAGGGGAGCGGUUCUUACGCCAGACCAUCGGCUUGCCCGAGCCAGUAGUUCCCAUGCCACCUCCGACAUAUGCACCUAUAGAGUACACCAGGCAGGCUCUCGAGCUAGCGGCUUCCCUGAUGGAGAUGGUGCAGAGGAGUAUGAACCUUCUCAACCACUACAUGAUUUCACCACAUCAGACGCUCCAGCGGGAGCUGUAGCAGGACCACCGGUGCCUCCUCCUACAGCAGGGAGAGAGAGACGAGAGGCUUUGGCACAUAACCGAGGUAGAGCUAGGGGCACCCGUGACGAGAGUGACCCUUCAGAGCCCGUUCCAGAUGAUGAUGAUGAUGAUGAGAUGAGUGAGGGCGAGGAGGCAACGAGUCCACAGUCAGAGUCAUCUGAGGAUGGAGACGACGACACUGGCUUAGAUUCUGAGGAUAGAGAUGAUGUCGAGGCAGGUUCAGUGGCUAGCUCAGAUACGGGGGCCUCUGACAGCGGCAUCGAUGGAGAUAGCUCUGAGUCCAUGCCCAGGAAAAGAACGAAGAGGGCCUCUCGAUCCUGA